CAAACUUGAGCGGUAUCGAUAGUGACCGGUUGAACAAAAUGUCGAUUGUUUAUAGGUCAUUGAUAAAUAACGUUGGUAAAUUCGUUCCACGGAGAUUACAACCGUUUUGGGAACAUGAAGCAGGUCCAAAAACAAUUUUUUUUUGGGCACCAGCUUUCAAAUGGGGAUUAGUUAUAGCUGGUCUAGCUGACUAUGCACGACCGGCUGAAAAUUUGAGCCUCGCCCAAUCCGUUUCCCUGACUGCAACAGGAUGCAUCUGGGCAAGAUAUUCCUUAGUUAUAAUUCCCAAAAAUUGGAGUUUAUUUUGGGUCAACACUUUCCUGGCAAUAACAGGAUUCUCUCAAAUUGGCCGUAUAUGGAAUUAUGAACAAAAAAAGAAAAAGGAGCAAGAGUAA